CAAUCACGUGACCCUAGUCACAUGACGGUAAGUCUGAUACUACGCCCCCGGUUCAACCAACGGAGCGAGGCUAGCUGUUAGCUUCAACUGUCAAGACACCGACAUGAGUUUCCUGGGAGGUUUGUUUGGGCCUGUGUGUGAGAUUGAUGUGGUGCUGAAUGAUGCAGAGAACAGAAAAACGGCCGAGUUGAAGACAGAAGAUGGAAAAGUGGAGAAACACUACCUUUUCUACGAUGGAGAGUCUGUGUCUGGCAAGGUGAACUUAAAUGUGAAGCAGGGAGGAAAGCGACUGGAGCAUCAGGGUAUUCGCAUAGAGUUUGUUGGACAGAUAGAGCUGUUCUCAGAUAAAAGCAAUACCCAUGAGUUUGUGGACUUGGUGAAAGAACUGGCUUUACCUGGAGAACUCACCCAGAACAGAAGCUACGACUUUGAGUUCAUGCAGGUGGAGAAGCCCUACGAGUCCUACACCGGAGCUAAUGUCAGGCUAAGAUAUUUUCUCAGGGUGACGAUAGUUCGUCGUUUGUCUGACUUAGUGAAGGAAUAUGAGUUGAUUGUUCACCAGUUAGCCACCUACCCAGAUGUCAACAACUCCAUCAAGAUGGAGGUUGGCAUAGAAGACUGUCUUCACAUCGAGUUUGAAUAUAAUAAGUCCAAAUACCACCUGAAGGAUGUGAUCGUUGGCAAGAUUUACUUUUUGUUGGUGAGGAUCAAGAUCCAACACAUGGAGCUCCAGCUCAUCAAGAAGGAAAUAACUGGCAUUGGUCCCAGCACAACCACAGAGACAGAGACGGUUGCAAAAUACGAGAUCAUGGAUGGCGCUCCAGUAAAAGGAGAAUCGAUUCCGAUCAGACUCUUUCUGGCAGGAUACGACCUGACACCCACCAUGAGGGAUGUCAACAAGAAGUUCUCAGUGCGUUACUUCCUCAAUCUGGUGCUGGUGGAUGAGGAGGACCGAAGAUACUUUAAACAGCAAGAGAUUGUGUUGUGGAGAAAAGCUCCAGAGAAGCUGCGGAAAAGAAACUUCCACCAGCGCUACGAGUCUCCUGAGCCCCGGAACCAACCAGCCAACGCGGAGCAGCCAGAGAUGUGAUGUGGCCACAAUAUGAACUGAAAACCUACUCAGACACGUCAUCACAGCUCGUCACUGCAGAGCAGCCAGAGGUGUGAGGGCUGCCCCACUCUUUCCAUGGACUGAGAAAUGUCUCUAAACACGAAUGCACAUAACUUUCUCAACAUCUUCAAACCACCUGCCCCCGUACCCCACCACCACUUUACAGCUUCAAAUGCGAGCUGCCACCGUCACUCUCUCCCUCUGGACUGAAACACAUUUGCAUACAGAUGCACAUGAUGAAAGUCUACUGAAUGCUAAAUGUCAAAGCUAAAGUGCAAAACAAUCCAAGUAAUCAACUGUGAGACAGCAUUUUUGAUUCUGGCUCCUUGAACUGAAAACCCACUCAAGCACACAUCAGUGAAGCCACACGGUCUCCGUUUGCUGAACGCAAGCUAAACAAGAGCAAAGGUAGAACUAAAAGAUGGCUUCCCAUUGGUCCUGGACUUUCACCCCCAUGGUCACUCCCACAUUACCUAUUACGAGAUGCUGUCUAGAAUUUGGAUGAACUACUAGUUAUCUGAGAUGUUUCAAGAUGUGAUGAAUUUGCCUGACUCAAGGAUGUGAGAGGCUAAGCUGUGAGGUGAGACACAUGCUGUAUCUAUUCACAGUUUCUGACUGUGAGCUGCCAUUCACUGAGCUGGAAACUUUCAAAAUUUCACAUUUAAUCUAUUUAUUUACUUUAAAGAUUCUACAACGGUUCAGACUUCUACUUCCAAACAAAGUUAUGCUUUAAUUUGGACUUAAUAAUUAUUAAUGCUAUAUUUCAUAUUUGAAACAAAGACAUGUCCACUUUUUGAGUUUCUACUUGCAGCACAUAGCAUCUUUUAUUAAAGAAAGAUGAUUCAAGAUGCAUUUCUGCAUCAUUUGCCAAAAUGGCAUUAAAGUUAUUAACUAUAAGUGCAGCUGAUUUUCAAUUCACUGGGUCAAUAGAGGGGCAAGAUAAAAUAAAAUUUGUCCACAACAGUUUUCCUCUUCUGAUUUUUGAAAUUGGAGUAUUUCAGAUUUACAGCUACAAUGAAGAGAACGACAAAGAAAGCUUUAAGUGGAAAAACAAUUAUUUAUUCUUAAAAAAUGACUGAAAUGAAUUAUUAAUCAUGAAAUAAUCUGCAGGCUGGUUUUCUUAGACGUUGUGUUUCCCGACACAAACCUAGAUUCAAUAUGACAUCUCAAUGUCUUGUAAAGAUAGAUAUCGGACAUAGAUUUCACUGAAGAUGUCCGUCAGGUCCGCACAGAAAUUUCAUCUUAGUUUUGAUCUAAAUAUUUCUGUUUGACUCCGGACACAAAACUUUGUGUUUGACACUUUUCAUUUCUGUUUGUUUUUGAAUGAUCUUCUGCAUCUGCAACUGAAAGAGGCCAUUUUUUUUAAAGAAGCGUUUCAAUCAGUCAUGUUUGUAGAUUAUAUUAUGAGUUUAAAUUACAGUGCUUUAGUUGCUUCGUCACUCUGACCUGAAAAUUAUGCUAUUAUUACAAUACAGUUAUUCUUUAAAAUCAGACUGUAAAUUUACUGAUUUUGUUAGGCUUUUUGUUUCCUUAUUGUUUAGAGUGUUUUGAGUCUGAUAUUUUGAUAUAUUCAGAAUAAUAAUGUAAUAAAUUAUAUAUAGCUUCUGUUGUAAGCUCUGGAAAGAAAGCACUUUCCACAUACUGUAAAAUCCAUCAAUGUUCCACUGUGAUGCUCAGACCUGUGGUUUUGGUGCUGCUUUAAAAGGACACUGUUACCAGUUCCAUGUGAUACUUGCCUUCAUCUCUGACUUACGAACCAUUUGUUCUUCAAUGCUUCUCUUUGUAUUGAGGAGGCUUGAAUGCUGAAACUAAACAUCACUCAAGGAUAACUUCACCUCAGAGUUUCUGAGUCAGUCAUGAAUAAUAACUGUCUUUUAUCACUACAUACUUUAAUUCAGCUUCAUAUUUGUUGCUUUUUUCUGUGUUUUAUGUCGAUGAUGGCGCUGUGUUGCGUUGUGUUUCAUUAUUUAAACACACAAAUCCACACUUGAGGUUUUUUUUAAUCUUUCACACAAGGUUGGUCUUGUUAUCUGGAUUUCUUUUGUUUUGAAUCCGUGUAAUUUAUUUCAAAGCACGUUCUGUUUUUUCUUUGCUUUGGGGGAAAACCAAAAACAAAGCAUUCUGUCUUCCUAAAUACAGUUUGGGUUUACUUUAAAAUCUGUCAGAAGUUGUAAAGAAACACUUUAAAGCCAAUUUGCUCUGUCUUUGUCUUAUCUACUGCAUGUUUUUUUUUUCAUUCAUAGCAUUGUGUGUUUGAGGUGUGUGUGAUAUGUGUGUAUACACCAAAUCCAAAAUAUUUAGCUGAAACAAAUUAUGAAUAAAGCAGAUUUAUACUGAA